AUGCCGUGCUAGAGCCGUUUUGUAAACAAAUCGUUCAAAAACGCAAACAAAACACUUUCGAAACGAGAAAACCAACUGAAAGUACGUAAAUUUAAACAGAAAGUGGCAGUAAAAUGAUACCGGCACUUUUAUUUGUGUCCGACUCGAGCGAAGAAUAUUCAUCGGACGACAUUGAUUACGGUCACUGGACGGAUGAGGAAACCUCUACCGAUCGCAAUCGUACGCGGGAAUCAAUUCCGUACCAUUUAGACAAUGAAUGGUUCCUAAAAUGCUUCCACGUGCCACGAGAUGUGUUUGAAACACUGUACGAGGGCGUGUUUCCAAAGCUUGCCGCCUCAACUGAACGUGAGCCUACGGUUUACGAAAAGCUAGCGGCCACGUUACGAUACCUAGCCAAAGGUACCUGUACCAGUGACACGGGCGUUGGCGGUUACAAAGCGAUGCCCCGGAAAGCGUUUCAACAGAUGUUUCUACCAACGCUAGCGGCAAUACACGAUUUGAUCUACAGCAAAUAUGUCUUACUGGAUCCACAAGACGCCGAAGAGCAACGGGAAGCGGAACAAUAUUUCCUAGAACAGUUUCCUCAGCUGCGUGGCGUGGGAUUGUGCGCAAUUACGACACACAUUGAAAUAGCUGAGCCGGCGGAAGAGAAGCAUCUGUUUUACUACAAGCAUGGCGCGUACUGUCUCACUGCAUUGAUGAUUUGCGAUCAGAGUAAACGAAUCAGGUACGCCAAUGCAAGCUUCUGCGCCGCCAUAAACGAUGUGUAUGUAUGGUCCAGUUCGGGUUUGGAUGACCAUUUCAGUGAGGAGUACAGUGACGGUAGUGCAGGCUGCCAGGUAUUGGCAAGCUCCACGUUUCCCUCUAAAGCCUGGUUAAUCACACCGAAGCAAGACGCCAAACGCAACAGCCCUGAGGCCACAUUUAACGAACAGCACGAACGGGCAUUAGCAGUGGCGGAGGAGUCGAUUCAACUAUUAAAGGAGCGUUUUCGAUGCCUGCUUGGCAAUCCGCCGAUUCCGUACAAACCUCUCGAAUGCGCCACUAUCGUUGCCGUUUGUUGUGCGCUUCACAACAUGUGCAUGGAGUACGAACAGUUGCAACAAUAAGCAUAAUUUCCAGUUGCGUUUUUA